AGUGACUGUCCUAGCUUUGAUUGAACACUACUUUCGUAAGUCGAGGGCAUAUGUAAUUAGUAAGAUCUAGAAGGGACGCAGAGGACCGGAUCUUGCUGAUCCUCAUCUGCCUUAGAGCAUCUCGUCCGGUGUCCCAACGUGUUUCCUCGCCUUCGCCCAACUGCUCCCCUCACGUUGGAUCAGCCCGCCUUCGGGCUCAAUACGAAACCGGGAGGUCACCUUGCAGCAAGUAAGACAUGCGCAGAACGCAAUCGGUUCGAGUCCCGGUCCUUGCUCGGUCGGCGUCGCGAUUGGCUGCAAAGGCACUAAUCCAAUUCCAAACGCCGCCGGCCUCCGGGUCAAGUAUGGCCAACAACUCAUGAGUGGUCAAGUGUCCUCUGAAGUCUGGACUGGUUGAUUUGAGAAGUCCCGGUGUUUUUUGCAGCCCGCUUGGCGCAAGAAUAGUCUGAACCUAACAUCCGGGUCGAUUCUGAUUUGCGUUGCGCCGGCCCCGUCGUCGACGCCGCGACUCGAGUUGGAGGCGCAUAUAAUCGUUAGCAGUUAAGUUCCCAUCAAAGCGCAAAUACGCCACAGCAACGCGGUGCAGCGGUCACCGGUCGAGCGUCAGUGCCUGCUCUUCCAAAUCUAGCAACUUGGAACUCGGCCGCAGAACAGGAACAUGGGUGCGGGGCAAUCCACCCAACAAGACUUUGCAGCGGCGCCACCCUCACACGCGCUCCAUGUUCUCCGGGUUACACCAGACUCCCCAGCUUCCAAGACGGGUAUCGAACCGUUAUUCGAUUUCGUUGUCGGAUUUCAAGGCGAUUCCCAGACUUCUCGGUCUCAGAAUAUCGACGCCUCAUCUUUGGAGCGCAUUGUCGAAUCCCACGAGGGCCGCCCGCUUAAUCUUCUUGUUUGGAACAGCAAAAGUCGGGAAACUCGAAUCGUCCCGGUCGUACCCUCCCGGAGCUGGUCCGAAGGGGAUGGGACUACGCAACCGUCACUGCUCGGUCUGAGUAUGAGAAUGUGUGAGCCGGAAUUGGCGAUGGACAAUGUCUGGCACGUUCUAGAUGUGCAAGUGCUCCACGACGUACAGCUCGUUGCUGAGAGUGCUGGUCUGGUCCCGUAUGGCGACUAUAUCACCGGCUGGUCUGGUGGAGUGCUGAGCUCCGAAAACGAUUUCUAUGAGCUCGUGGAAGCCGUUUGUAUUUCCUCCCACGGUACUGACUGCACCAUUGACACGGGUCGCAGCACGUGGAAAAACCCCUGCGUGUCUACGUAUACUCGCAUCUAUGGCCUAUUGCAUCGGAUUCCACCGCAGCCAAUAGACCGUAUCGGAGGCAUUCUGACGCCACCUGAGUUGCAAGAGGCCGAGGACGACUACGAGGAACAGGAUCUGUUUGUGCCUGCCGAUGUCGCCCUGUACGAAGCGCCAUUUCAAGCUCCCGCGCCGCUUCUGGCACCUGAGCAUCUCAGCAGCCGGUCCACGCCAGUUGCGUCCGUCAGGGAAGAGAGUAGCGGUGACGAGGACGAUGACGACGUUGCCACUACAAUCGGGAGCACACCGCCCUUGCCGCAUCGAGCAGUGUCGUUGGGUGCUUUCCGCGCAAGCCCAACACCCGUCUUUCCGUCACAUCUGUCCAGGACAGCGAAUGCCGCGAGCGACGAAGAACCGAGUACACCGGACACGGAUAAUUCAAGUCUGACCAGUGUCGAUUAGCACGGCAUGUCAUUCCAGCAUAAGGUAGUCCGUGGGGUUUACAACGGUUUACACUUGAGAUUACAGAUUAUAUCCAAAAAAGCAAAGAUCUAUGACAUCGUGACAAUUCCUAG